GCUUCACGAGGCGGAGUCUGGGGGCCUAAUCUCUCUCUUUCCGCCGUACCCGCCAUCUUGUUGAGACCGGGGUAAUCAGGCAUCAUGACGAACACCAGAGGCAAGAGGAGGGGUACCCGGUACAUGUUCAGUCGGCCUUUCCGCAAGCAUGGCCCGAUCCCUCUGUCCACCUACAUGCGCAUCUACAAGAAAGGCGACAUCGUUGACAUCAAGGGCACAGGCACCAUUCAGAAGGGUAUGCCUCACAAGUGCUACCAUGGCAAGACGGGGCGUGUCUACAAUGUUACCCAGCAUGCUGUUGGCAUCAUUGUCAACAAGCAGGUCCGGGGGAGGAUCCUGGCCAAGAGGAUCAAUGUGCGCAUUGAGCAUGUGAAGCACUCGAAGAGCAGAGACAGUUUCCUGCAGCGCGUCAAAGAGAAUGAGAGCAGAAAGCUGGAGGCCAAGCAGAAAGGCAUCUGGGUGGAGCUGAAGCGUCAGCCUGCUCCUCCUCGUGAAGCUCACUUCGUCAGCACCAAGAAAAACGAGCCUCAGCUGCUGGAGCCCAUCCCCUACGAGUUCAUGGCAUAAAUCGCUCAGUAGAAUAAAAACAUUUGUACACAC